UUAGGAGAUUAUAUGCCACGUUCUCUUUGCUUUACACCCGACCGCGCUGAAAAUAAAACAAGGAAAAGGGAAUGUGAACCUUGGGUUGAAAGUAAGGGAGGGCUGCCCAGAGGCACAGCACGGGAUCGCAAACCUAUGCAAGUUGUGUUGGAAGCGCCCAGUCAGGACACGGGGGUCUGCGAUACUCAGGGGCAAAUAGAAGCAUAUCUUAAUCCUCAAAGGAGUCUGAGCGGGCAGAAUUGGGAAGAAAAGUGCAGUAAGUGCGGGCGGGAGGCUGCAAGUUCCUUAGCUGUUUGUCAAGGGAGGGAGGAGGGAAUUGAACUCCAGCGCUCGGGCUGUGGGAGGCUCACCGGGAUCCGCAUUGUUUUGGGUGGCGGAUCCAACCCUGGGAAUCCUAUGGGCGCCCAGGAAGUGGGUGACACUUUGUGACUGGUUUCGUGCACGUUGUGGGACUGAGCUGGCAGCCGGAUCCCAGGAAUAUUUUUUUAGAGCUCCAUUUUUCUUCUCAUAAAUUUCACCCAGGAUAUUUUAUUCUGAUCCGCGGUGGGAAAUGGCUAAUGUUGGUGCCCGGUUUGACAGAUCUGAUGGAGAAGAAAACAAUGAAUUCAGUGACAUCAUAAAAUCUCGAUCCGAUGAGCAUAAUGAUGUACAGAAAAAAACCUUUACCAAAUGGAUAAAUGCUCGCUUUUCAAAGUGUGACAAAGCUCCAGUGAAAGACUUGUUUGUAGACCUCAAAGAUGGACGGAAGCUGCUGGACUUGCUAGAGGGUCUUACAGGAACAAGUUUGCCAAAGGAACGUGGAUCAACAAGAGUUCACGCUUUAAAUAAUGUCAACAGAGUCCUGCAAAUUUUACAUCAGAACAAUGUUGAGCUAGUAAAUAUUGGAGGUACAGACAUUGUUGAUGGUAACCAUAAACUGACCCUUGGUUUAAUAUGGAGCAUCAUUUUACACUGGCAGGUGAAAGAUGUAAUGAAAGCCAUCAUGGCCAACCUUCAACAGACGAACAGCGAGAAAAUUCUGCUGAGCUGGGUCAGGCAGUCCACAAGGCCUUACAGUCAAGUAAACGUUCUGAAUUUCACCACAAGCUGGACGGAUGGCUUGGCCUUCAGUGCCCUUCUUCACAGACACAAACCAGACCUGUUUAGCUGGGAAAAAGUGGCCACACUUUCCCCCCUCGAGCGACUUGACCAUGCAUUCAAUAUUGCAAAAAAACACAUGGGGAUUGAAAAACUUCUUGACCCGGAAGAUGUUGUUGUGCAGCAGCCUGACAAAAAAUCUAUAAUUAUGUACUUAACAUCGCUGUUUGAAGUGCUUCCACAUGAGGUCACACUGGAAGAUAUCCAUGAGGUGGAGACUCUUCCCAGGAGAUACAAGGGUGUGUGCGAGGAGAUGGUUUUCAAUAAGCAACAGGCCUUUGAAGAACAAUAUGGAGAUUUAGGUCUGGAAACACCCAUCACAGUAACAGAGGUGGAAAUGGAUCUUGACAGCUAUCAGGUGGCUCUGGAAGAUGUGCUCACUUGGCUUCUAAUGGCAGAAGACACAUAUCAGGAACAAGAUGAUAUAUCUGACGAUGUAGAAGAAGUUAAACAGCAAUUUGGCACUCAUGAGGCUUUUAUGAUGGAGCUAACAGCACAUCAGAGCAGUGUUGGAAAUGUCCUACAGGCAGGUAACCAACUGAUUGCUCAGGGGGACCUAUCAGUUGAAGAAGAGAAUGAAAUACAGGAGCAAAUGACCUUGCUGAACUCCCGCUGGGAAGCUCUGCGUGUGGACAGUAUGGACAGGCAGUCCCGGCUACAUGAAGUAUUGAUGGAUCUGCAAAGGAAACAGCUGGACCAGUUGUCUGACUGGUUAACGGUAACAGAAGAAAGGAUUCAGAAGAUGGAUAGGAAACCCUUUGGGGAAGAUUUACAGUCUUUUCGGAAGCAAAUUGAAGAGCACAAAGAACUGCAGAGUGACCUGGAGACAGAACAGGUGAAGGUUAACUCUUUAACUCACAUGGUGGUCAUCGUGGAUGAAAACAGUGGUGAAGGAGCUACAGUUGCACUGGAAACACAGCUGCAGAAACUCGGGGAACGCUGGGCAGCAGUGUGUCGUUGGACUGAGGAGCGCUGGAGCAAGCUGCAAGAAAUUCUUGUCUUAUGGCAGAAGCUGCUAGAAGAACAGUGCUUGUUCAGAGUGUGGUUAUCUGAGAAAGAGGAGUCUCUGAGUAAGGUCCAAAGAAGAGACUUCAAAGACCAGACAGAACUGAGUGUGAAUGUGAGGAGGCUUGCAGUUUUAAAGGAGGAAAUGGGAAUGAAACGCAAGGCUUUGGACCAUCUCCAUGAGAUAGCACAGGAUUUGGUUCAGCUUGUUGGUAAUAGUAAGGCUUCUAGGAAGCUGAAGAGUGACAUGGAAGAUCUUGCCCAGAGGUGGGACGGGCUUGUGCAUCAGCUGGAGGACUACACUAACCAGGUUUCAGAAGCUGUAUCCACAUUAGGGGUUACCCAAGUAUCACGCAAGGUUGUGAUUGAAACUGUAACAGUUAAAGAACAUGAAUUCAUUCAUCUAACCAAGCAAGACCUGCCCCCUCCACCACCCCCAAAGAAACGACAAUUGCUCCUGGAUUCAGAGGAGAAGAAAAGAUUUGAUGCAGAAGCUGCUGAGCUGUUGAAUUGGAUGGUUAAAUUUAAAGCUGCCCUUCAAGCUGCAGAGAUCAGUGACUAUAGGAAGAUUAGAGAAACCUUGGACAUAAAAGAAAUGCUAAAGGCUAUGGAGACAGAAAAGAUGGAAAGAACACAAAUAUUUAAAGAACUUUCCUUAAAUGGACAACAUAUGUUAGAGAUGUGCAAACAAGAAGAUAUACCUGAUGAAGAACUUACAAACUCCCUGAAUAGGCUGCAGUCUGAAUGGAAAGAGGCCUCCCAGCAACUGGACGAGUCGAAGAAGGGGAUACAGUAUCAGGAUGAUAUCAAUGCUCAUUUCAGAGAGCUGGAGAACUUGGAGCAAAUGUUAAACCAAGUAGAGGAAAGACUGGCUACCCCUGCAUCUCAAGAACAUUCAUUGGAAUCCUUAGUGGAAUCCAGUAAGGAAAAUGUGUCCAGACUCAAUGAGAUAAACUUACGUAUUGAAAACAUAAAACCAACUGUGCUGGUACUGAACUCCCACCCAAUGGCUCCAGGUUUCAUUCAAUCCAGUUUAAAUGACUGUCUGGAUCAGUACCAUAGAGUGAAGAACAGAGCUGAGCAAGAAGUUCAGGAACUUCAGAAAGCCUUGGAACGUCAACCCAGUCAAUCUUACCUGCAAACAAGAACAAUUGCAAAAGAAACUUUGUUGGUGUGUCAUCAAAAAGUACAAGCCCCCUUAAAUGGCCUCUGUGACCCAGUGGCAGUGGAGAAGGCCCUGCAAGAGGCUAAGAGUCUCUCACAAACAAUAGAUGAUCAGAAGACAAAUAUCGACAAACUGUUCUCUGAAACAAAACUUCUGCAGAGUCGGGCACCAGAAGACACAACACAGGUUUAUAUGACUGAGUGUAAGGAUGUAGAGGAUCAGUGGUAUAAAUUAAAGAAAGAUGUUGCUGGCAGGCUUUCCAUACUUGAGGAUAUUUCUUCCAAACUUCAAGUAUUUGAGGAUGAAUCAAAAACUGUCCAGAAAUGGGUCAGUGAUGCAAAAGAUUUUAUCCUAAAUCAACAUAGUACCUCUGAAGAUUCCCAGGGAGUGCAGAGACAGCUGGACAAAUGCAUGAAACUUGUUAAUGAAAUGGAAGCUGUGGAAUCCUCCUUAAAAAAGCUGAAUGAAGUAGAAGCUACUCUGAGUAGCCAUCCAGAUACUAUGAUCAAUACCUGGGUACUGCCCAGACUGGCUGACCAGCAGGCACAGUGGGAACUUCUAAGCAAACAGGUCAUUCAUCAAAUGAACAAGUUGUCGGAAAGUCAAGAGAAAGCUGUAAACUUGAAGAAGGAUUUGGCAGAGAUGCAAGAAUGGAUGACGCAAGCCGAGGAGGAAUAUUUGGAAAAGGACUUUGAGUACAAGUCUCCAGAAGAGCUAGAAAGUGCUGUGGAGGAAAUGAAAAGAGCAAAAGAAGAAGUGUUGCAGAAGGAGGUACGAGUGAAGAUUCUGAAGGACAACAUCAAGACUCUUGCUGCCACAGGUCAAUCUGGUGGCCAAGACUUGAUGCCUGAGCUAAAGGUGGUGUUGGACAACUACCAGCUGCUCUGCAACAGGAUCAGAGGAAAGUGCCACACUCUAGAGGAAGUCUGGUCGUGCUGGAUAGAGCUGCUGCACUAUCUGAACCUGGAGACAGCAUGGCUAAAUACGUUGGAUGAAAGAGUACAAAAUGUGGGAAAUCUUCCUGACAAGGCACAGUCAGUCAGCGAAGCGCUGGAGUCUUUAGAGUCAGUCCUACGCCACCCGGCAGACAAUAGAACUCAGAUCCGUGAGCUUGGCCAGACUUUGAUUGAUGGCGGUAUACUUGAUGACAUCAUCAGCGAAAAGCUGGAGGACUUUAAUGCUCGCUACGAGGAGCUGAGUCAUUUGGCUGUGAGCAGGCAGAUCUCUCUAGAGCAGCACCUGCAGUCCUUGAAAGAGAGUGAUCACAUGGUAAAUGUGCUGCAGGAGUCCCUGGAAGAGCUGGAUAAGCAGUUAACCACAUACCUGACGGAGAGAGUUGAUGCCCUCCGGAUGCCGCAGGAGGCUCAGAAAAUCCAGGCUGACCUCAGCGCCCAUGAAGCCUCGCUGGAAGAGUUGAAGCGUAGUUUACGACCGAUGCAACCAACCACUCCAGAGUCCAAAUCCUCACGAGGUGGAUCUCAGCUAGAUGGGCUCCAGAGAAAGCUUCGAGAGGUGUCCACGAAAUUUCAGCUCUUCCAGAAGCCAGCUAAUUUUGAGCAGCGGAUGCUUGACUGUAAGCGGGUUCUAGAAGGCGUCAAAACAGAACUAGGAGUUCUUGAUGUGAAGGAUGUCAAUUCUGAAGUCAUCCAAACCCACCUAGAUGGCUGCAUGAAACUAUACAAAACCCUGAGUGAAGUGAAGCUGGAAGUAGAGACGGUUAUAAAGACAGGAAGGCAAAUUGUGCAGAAGCAGCAAACUGAUAAUCCCAAACUGAUGGAUGAACAACUGACUGCAUUAAAAAUGCUGUAUAAUGACCUUGGCGCCCAGGUGACAGAAGGGAAGCAAGACUUGGAGCGGGCUUUGCAUUUAGCUGGGAAGCUGAAGAAAGACUCUGCAUCAUUGUCAGAAUGGCUGGCUUCCACCGAAUCUGAACUUGUGCGUAAAUCCACUGCUGGCAACCUGGGUGCAGAUUUAGAUGUGGAAAUUGCAUGGGCUAAAAACACACUGAAAGAGCUGGAGAGGAGGAAAGGCGAUUUGAACAGUGUAACUGAAAGCAGCGCAGCCCUACAGUGUCUGGUGGAGGGCAGUGAAUCCAUUCUGGAGGAGAAACUCUGUGUGUUGAACGCAGGCUGGAGUCGAGUCCGAACAUGGACUGAGGACUGGUGCAAUACACUUCUGAAUCACCAGAGUCAGAUGGAGAUUUUCGACGAGAACGUUGCUCACAUAAGCACUUGGCUUUACCAAGCAGAAGCCCUGCUGGACGAGAUUGAGAAAAAGCCAGAUAGCCUAAAGGAGGAAACCGUGAAGCGCCUACUGUCUGAACUCGAUGAUGUCAGUCUCCGCGUAGACAAUGUCCGUGAUCAGGCCAUAAUAUUAAUAAGCAGCAGGGGCACGUCCUGUCAGGAACUAGUGGAACCAAAACUGGCCGAGUUAAAUCGCAACUUUGAAAAGGUGUCACAACACAUCAAGGCUGCCAAAAUGCUGAUGAGCCAUGAGCCGCUGACACCAGCAGCUGGUACAGUACAGGAAUCUGUCAAUGCAGAGAUCUCUGCGGCAGAACUGGACACAUUCGAGGCCGAACUCCUUGAUCUUCAGGAAAUAGUGGAGCAGCUUUCCCAGUCAACAGAUGACAAUGAAAAGAUGGAUGAGGAGAAGGCUCGCAUUGAGGAAGUCCUGCAGAAAGGAGAGAAUCUUUUACAGCUACCAAUGGAGGACAACAAGAGGGAGAAACUCCGACUAGAGCUGCUGCUGUUGCAGACCAGAUACAGCAAUGUGAAGGAACUGAGAGCAGUGAGAAGGAGGCAGGAAAUAAAGUUUCUCCCAGUGUCGGUUUGCGUUGAGAAGGAGAACAACAGUUUGUUCAACUGGAUGAAUGAGACAGAACACCGUCUGUCUGGUCUCCAUGAGGCUGAAGAUGACAAGAAUCUACAAGAGCUUUUGCAAGAACUGGAGGAACACAGGGAAGAAUUUGUUGUGCUACAGAAGAAGAAUGAAGCCUCUCAGCAUGAUGAGGUAGAUGGAGAUAAAGUCAAGCAGCGCUGGGAAGAGAUUGAGAAGCAGUUUGCUCUUUACCUGGGAGCUCAGCAUCCCAUCCUAGAUAUUACUGAUGAACACCUGGAUGUGAGCUCCUUUAAUUCCACAGGAUUCACUCCGUCUGUGCUUUCCUCGGACUACUUAGUAGAAAUAAACAAGGUUCUGCUAUCCAUAGCAGAUGCUGAGCUGUUGCUGAAUGGCCCUGAGCUAAAUAAUGGGGAGUAUGAGAACUUCUCCGUACAGGAAGAUUCACUAAAGAAUGUAAAAGAUGUUCUGGACAGAAUUGGGGAGCAGAUUGCAUUCAUUCACGAGAGACAGCCGGAUGUCAUCUUAGAAGCCACAGGCCCUGAGGUUAUGCAGAUAGGAGACUCUCUGACCCAAGUGAAUGCUGAGUGGGACCGAAUCAACAGGUUAUACAAUGAUCGAAAGAGCCGUUUUGACCGUUCACUUGAAGAAUGGCGACAGUUCCAUUGUGACCUUAAUGACCUGACACAGUGGAUCACCGAAGCAGAGAACCUGCUGGCAGAAGCUGCCAUGCCUAGCGGGAAUUUAGAUCUGAGCAAAGCGAAACUGCAUCAACGGGAGCUUGAGGAAGCUGUCAGCAGCCAUCAGCUAAGUUUUACCAUUCUAAACCAAAGUGGGGAAGGAAUUGUACAGCAUCUUUCUCCUGCCGAUGGAGAAUUCCUGCAGGAGAAACUUGCAGGGCUAAAUAAGCGCUGGAGUGCAGUUAAGGCAGAAGUCAUGGACCGACAAAACAGGCUGAAAGCAGAUAAUACAGAAUUGAACGAUUUUAACAAAAAGAUGGAUGAAUUUGUCAUGUGGUUGGAAAAAACAACAAAUGUUUCACAAGGGACACCCACACUGGAUAAAGAAGAGCGAUUGCAAGAGUUAAAGGUCCUUACAAUAGAGAUGGAACAGCAAAGUGAAAGGCUUGACUGGCUCACCCACACUGGGUCCGACAUGAUGGCUCAUGGCAAUGUUAGCCCCCAGGAGAGAGAAAAUCUUAAUUCCAGACUAAGAACAAUAAAUAUGAACUGGACACAGGUGUCAAGAGAAUUGCAGGAGAAAGUAAAGGACCUGGAGGAAAGUUCGUAUUAUCCUUCCUAUGAGACUCAGGCAACGUUACCAAGCUACACUCCAGUCCAACACAUGGUCUUGGUAUCUUCUGCCUCCGAAGUCCCAAGCCUGGCUGCAUAUGGUUUUGAGCUGCCUGCACCUUCCGAUCUGGAUAAGACUGUUACAGAACUGGGAGACUGGCUUGUACUGAUUGACCAAAUGCUGAAGUCCAACAUAGUGACUGUGGGCGAUGCUGAAGAAAUCAACACUACAAUAGCUCGUAUGAAGAUAACUAAUGAAGACUUGGAACAGCGUUACCCACAGCUUGAGUCUGUUCUGACAUUAGCCCAAAAUGUGAAAAACAAGACCUCCAAUUUGGAUGUGAGAACUGCCAUCACGGAAAAAUCGGAAAACCUCAAGAGCCAUUGGGACAACACACAACACGGAGUCGAGGUUCGCCAGCAGCAGUUGCAAGAGAUGCUGAAAAACAGUACAAAAUGGGACAAACAGAGGGCAGAAAUUCAGAAUAUCCUCGACCAGGCAGACUUCCGCCUUUAUACUAUUACUCAAACAUACAGGGAUACACCUGUGAAACAGCUGGCUGAAACCAAGGCACUAGUGCAAGACCUGCAUAAGGGAGAGCUUGUUAUGGACUCUUUCAAUGACUUAUCCAACAAGCUGCUUCGGGAUUAUGGCACUGAUGACACCAGGAAAGUAAAGGAAACCAGUGAUCAAUUGUACAUGACCUGGGUUAACAUGAAUAAGAGGGUUGGUGAACGACAGAGCACCCUAGAGAAGGAACUGUGGAAUGUACAAGCCCUGGUCAGGGAGCAUGAGAACUUUAUGAAAUGGAUGCAGGAAGCUGAAACGACUGUAAAUGUUCUGAUGGACGCAUCUCAGCGAGAAGGGAUUCAGCAGGACGUUAGCCGCCUGCGCCAACUGAAAUCUCAGCUCCAGGAUAUACAAGCUGAGAUAGAUGCCCAUAAUGAUAUCUUUAAAAGCAUUGAUGGCAACCGGCAGAAAAUGGUGAAAGCACUUGGAACCUCAGAAGAAGCAUCUCUCCUGCAGCAAAGAUUAGAUGAUAUGAACCAACGUUGGAGCGAUUUGAAGGCCAAGUCAUCCAACAUUAGAACACACUUAGAGGUGAGUGCAGACAAAUGGAAUCACUUACUAAAAUCCCUGGAAGAACUCAUCAACUGGUUAGAUGUUAGAAAUGAAGAACUGAAAAAGCAAAUGCCUGUUGGAGGAGAUGUCCCUACAGUUCAACAACAGUUUGAAUACUGUAAGGUUCUGAAACGGGAAUUAAAGGAAAAGGAGCCAACCAUCAUGCAUACCAUAGAACAAGCGCGAAUAUUCAUUUCAGAGCAACCAAUUGAGGGUCCGGAAGAGCCCAGAAGAAACUUGCUCCCCAAAACAGAAUUAACCCCAGAAGAAAAAGCACAGAAAGUGACAAGAGCUAUGCGUAAGCAGUCUGUGGAGGUUAAGGAGAAGUGGGACAGCUUGAAUUCUCAGGCCAGCAGUUGGCAGAAGCAAGUGGACAAAGCCUUGGACAAGUUAAAGGACUUACAAAGUGCAAUGAAUGAACUUGAUGUGGAGCUAAUGAAUGCAGAAAGAGUACGGGGAAGCUGGAAACCUGUAGGAGAUCUGUUAAUUGAUUCUUUGAAGGAUCACAUUGAGACAACAACAGCAUUUGGAGAGGAAAUUGCCCCAGUCAGCUCUAAAGUAAAAACACUGAAUGACAUGGCCAGUCAGCUUUGCACCUUUGACAUUCAGCCAUCUGCAAAAACAUCUCGCCAGUUGGAUGACCUCAACAUCAGAUGGAAGCUUUUGCAGGCAGCUGUUGAAGAACGUCUCAAACAACUCCAAGAAGCACAUCGGGAUUUUGGACCUGCCUCUCAACACUUUCUCUCUACUUCAGUUCAGCUUCCAUGGCAGCGGUCGGUAUCGCUAAACAAAGUACCCUACUACAUCAACCAUCAAACACAAACUACUUGUUGGGAUCACCCAAAAAUGACAGAACUUUUCCAGUCUCUAGGUGACUUAAAUAAUGUGCGCUUUUCUGCUUAUCGCACUGCCAUGAAGAUAAGAAGACUACAGAAAACAUUGUGCUUGGACCUCCUGGAUCUGAGUACAACAAACAGUGUUUUCAAACAACAUGAACUGAAUCAAAGCAAUCAAUUGCUGGCAGUCCCUGAAGUUAUCAGUGUCCUCACUACUAUCUAUGAUGGGCUAGAGCAGAAGCACAAGGAACUGGUGAAUGUACCACUCUGCAUCGAUAUGAGUCUGAAUUGGCUGCUAAAUGUGUAUGACACGGGUCGAACUGGUAAACUACGAGUCUUGUCCCUGAAAAUUGGACUCAUGUGUUUAUCUAAAGGCCUACUAGAAGAGAAAUACAGACAUCUCUUUAAAGAAGUAUGUGGAGCAGGAGAUACAUGUGACCAGAGACAGCUCGGCUUGCUACUUCAUGAUGCCAUCCAAAUUCCACGCCAACUUGGGGAAGUGGCAGCUUUUGGAGGGAGUAACAUAGAGCCAAGUGUACGCAGCUGCUUUCAACAUGCUCAAAAUAAACCAGAAAUUGAUGUCAAUCAUUUCAUUGAGUGGAUGCGCUUGGAACCUCAGUCUAUGGUAUGGCUGCCUGUUCUUCACAGAGUAGCCGCCGCUGAAACAGCUAAGCAUCAAGCCAAGUGUAACAUCUGUAAAGAAUGCCCUAUUGUUGGAUUCAGGUACAGGAGUCUUAAGCAUUUUAACUAUGAUGUGUGCCAAAGUUGCUUCUUUUCUGGAAGAACAGCAAAGGGUCACAAAUUACAUCACCCAAUGGUGGAAUACUGCACUCCUACAACAUCAGGGGAGGAUGUUCGGGAUUUCACCAAGGUGCUAAAAAACAAAUUCCGCUCGAAGAAAUAUUUUGACAAACAUCCCAGGCUAGGUUACUUGCCGGUCCAGACCGUCCUGGAAGGGGAUAACAUGGAGGCUCCUAUAACCCUCAUCAGCAUGUGGCCUGACCAGUUUGAUGGUAUGCACUCCCCGGAACUGCUUGAUGAUGAUACGCACUCAAGGAUAGAGCAGUAUGCCAGCAGAUUGGCACAAAUGGAACGAACUAAUGGUUCUCUGUUCACCGACAGCAGCUCUGCCACCGGAAGCAUGGAGGAUGAGCAUGCCCUUAUCCAGCAGUACUGUCACACCCUAGGAGGAGAUUCGCUCAUUGGACAACCGCAGAGUCCAGCCCAGAUAUUGAAGUCAGUAGAAAAAGAAGAAAGGGGAGAAUUGGAGCAUAUAAUUGCUGAUCUCGAGGAAGAACAAAGAAACUUAAAGAUUGAAUAUGAGCAGCUGAAAGCACAGCACUUGCGAAGGGGACUGACCCCGCCAUCGUCACCCCCAGACUCAGCGAUAUCCCUGCAGCACACUUCAGAGGACUCUGAACUCAUUGCUGAGGCAAAACUGCUUAGACAGCACAAAGGGCGCCUGGAAGCUAGAAUGCAAAUUUUAGAAGACCACAACAAACAGUUGGAGUCCCAGCUUCAUCGAUUACGCCAGUUAUUAGAACAGCCUGAAUCGGAGUCCAGGGUUAAUGGAGUCUCUAUAUCUGUCUCACCACAGCCGCCUGCACCCAGAUAUUCAGCUGAUCAUGAUUAUAGCUCUCAGUUUCAGCAGACAGAUGAUGUGUUGCACCCUGCGCAUAGUACCAGCACAGACUUAACAGAUGUGAUGGAACAACUCAACAGCACAUUUCCCCUGAGCAGCUCAAGCCUUUCUGGGAGACAGCAGGCAAUGUGAAAGUGCGUCCAUGAAAACAUUUGUCCUUGGCACAAAGUCCCUUCAUAACACAGCCAGUGGGAGAGUCUUAUUGUCAUGAAGCUGCAAGGGACUGAGAACCAUUCUACCACUUUCAACUGUGUGUUCUACUGAAGGAUUACAACACUGAAUAUCCAAAGAUGAAGGUGUUUUUUAAUGUAAUGUCUGUCCACUCUUUUUGUUCCCUUUCUAUGCAAAAUGUAAAUGAACAAUCUGUGGAGUAUUUGGAAAUAAGUAUACAUACCUUGUUUGUAUAAAAAAUCAACAUUACUAGAAUUUGGAGGGAUGGUUUUAGAAUUCAUAAGUUUUUAGUAAUCACAUACAGUGCAUCUGCUAUACAGCAAGUAUGCUCAUUCCCAGAAUUUGUGGCAUAUCAGUAUUAAGGUAGUAUCAUCAAAGUCACCCUGUAUAUACUGUAAGCUGACAGAAUCCUCGUGAAACUGUAUUGUCCCAUGCUCAGUAUAGCGCAAAAUAUCAAGGAGACUCUGAAACAUCACCAGCUGUUGUGUUGUAUGCAAAGUAUUUUAGCUCUUUUUGUGAAUUUAGCACGUAUGAACCAUUAAGUGCUCUAAGAGCCUCCAUAGGGUUACAUUUAAAAAUCUGAAUGUCCUUUAUAUACUGUAUACAGGGGAGUAAGUUAUCAUUGACAGAUUGACUUAUCCUCAAUCAAAACACUUAUACUUGCUUCGAAAUAUACAUGGAAGCUCUUGGCCACUCUUGAUUUUCCCCUUUGUCAUAGUCUGAUCAUUACAGAGUUCUUUCUCCACUUUAAAGCCUCCUCUGAAUGUGGCUGUUAUGAGCAAAAAUACAAAAGUUCAUUUUCCGAAUGGGUGGGUUCCCAGUUGUUUGAUGUCAUUAAAGAAUGGGUGACAUGAAAAUUCCCUGAUAUUUUUAUAUAUAUAUAUAUCUCCAGAACUGUUGCUGUUGUGAAUAUGCUACAUGAUAUUUUGUUACUGAAUGAAGAGGAACUGCCACAAUAAGAUAGCCUUAAUCACUUUAAAAGAAAUAUAUUUUAGAGCCCCAGUCUAUAAACAGUUUGAAUUUAUUGAUAGAAAUGAAUAACACCCCGUUUGUUUUUGUUCACACAAGAUAAAACGUACUUGAGCAUUUUUCUGCUCUGUUUCUUUUUUUUUUUUUUUUUUUUGCAUAAUAAAAUGCAUUUUUAAUGCAAA